AUGACAAUUUUCAAUUCAAUUUCGUCAAUUACAAAUUCAACACACUCAAAUAGAAGUUUAAUUGCUAUAUCAAAUCAAGGUUUAGUAAAUGUUAAUAAUAAUAAUAAUAAUUCUAUUACAUGUUUUGAUGGUGGUUGUUGUGGCAGUGGAAAUACUAACAUUAUCAACAUAGAUAUUGAUAUUGAUAAAUUACCAACAUCUAUGAUGACAACGACAACCAAUAUCGAUAUCAAGAUUAAUAAUAUUUAUGUUUCUACCUCCACAACCACAAUCAAAUCCACCUAA